CUACACAAGUUGAAUGUUCACACAACUUCCAGUACACUACAAGCUGAAGUAUAGGCUAUCCAGUUGAAGAAUGGGGGGACUGACUCUGACCCUGCUGAUGCUGUGUCUGUCUGGGACUCUCAGUGAAGAUGCUGGAGAAGACAACCUCAAUGACAUCAUGGUACAGAUUCAGCCUGAACAGGGACAGGACAUAGAGAAUGAAUACAAGACUCAUAACCAACACUCUGAACAGGACCAGGACAUAGAGAAUGAAUACAAGACUCACAACCAACACUCUGAACAGGACCAGGACAUAGAGAAUGAAUACAAGGCUCACAACCAACACUCUGAACAGGGACAGGACAUAGAGAAUGAAUACAAGACUCACAACCAACACUCUGAACAGGACCAGGACAUAGAGAAUGAAUACAAGACUCAUAACCAACACUCUGAACAGGACCAGGACAUAGAGAAUGAAUACAAGACUCACAACCAACACUCUGAACAUGGACAGGACAUAGAGAAUGAAUACAAGGCUCAUAACCAACACUCUGAACAGGACCAGGACAUAGAGAAUGAAUACAAGACUCACAACCAACACUCUGAACAGGACCAGGACAUAGAGAAUGAAUACAAGACUCACAACCAACACUCUGAACAGGACCAGGACAUAGAAAGUGAAGUUAUUUUCAAAAAGAAUCAAGCACCAUCCCUAGCAGAGACAAACGGUAGCUGCCAGCCAGACAUGUGUAACCUUCUUAGGCAUCUGGGAGCCAUGGAGGCCAGACUGACCACUGCAGAGAACCAGGUGGAAGAAUUGAGUAACAUGGAGGCUAUUGUUGCUCUUCUACAGAGAGAAACUGAAUUUCAAGCAGCCCAGCUCAGAGUCAUGGAGACCAAGCUGAGCACCAGUGAGAACCUGAUGAAGAUCAUGAAGAGAGAGAAUGACGUACAGGAGAGGAAGCUUCAAGUAUUGUCAUUUAGAGUCAACGCCACUGAGUUCAGAGUGGAGCAACAGCAAAUCCUGCUGGAAGAACUGAGGAGACAGAGUGAAGACGGACCAAAGAUUGCUUUUACGGCAGCACUAGGAGGAGAUGGCCAUAUACCCCCCUCUGAGAGAGAGACCAACUUGGCAUUCAGCAACGUCUUCACAAACGUUGGCGAUGCCUACAACUCUGGAUCAGGUGUCUUCAAUGCGCCAGUGAAAGGAGUCUACUACUUCAGCUUCUCAUCAUAUGCCAAUAGCCAGCACAACGUCUGUGUAAGUCUGUUUAAGAAUAAUGUACGCAUGUUGUCUGCGUGUGAUCAUCAUUCAGAGCAUGAUAGCUCUGAUAGCUCUGGUAAUGGAGGGACACUACAUCUAGAACAGGGAGACCAUGUCUACAUGACUCUCCAUGCUCAUUCACACAUAUUUGCAGACUUCCAAAACCGCAGCACAUUCAGGGGCUUCCUGCUUUUCAGAACAUAAGGAUAAAUCGCAUGAAAACAAAAAUGGGAUGUGUUUCAAAUGGCACACUAUUCCAUAUAUGGUGCACUACUUUUGACCAGGACCCAUAUAUCUCUGGGAAAAAGUAGUGCUCUAUAUUGGGAUUAGGGUGCCAUUUGGGAUUUAGCCAUACUGUAUGUCAGCACAUUUCCAUGGGUAAAAUACAAUGUUCAAAUUAGUAGAACUAAAAAUAAAUGACACAUUUUGUCUGAAAAUAACUAUUCUGCAAUAAGAGUUUGUUUGUGAAAGUAGUGUGAUGUAAAAGACUCUGUCCAAACUCUUUCUGAGAAAUGCUCUGUAAUGUUUUAAAGGAACUGAUUAACGGAAAAUAAACACAUUUGAGAGAUUGUCAAAUGAUUCCAGAGUUAGCAUAUGAAUGCUGUGUGACAUAAAAUAUGGAUUUUAACUCGAAAUAUGACGGAAUAAAUCUGAGAUAUUGUCAAAUCCAA